AUGCCAAUCCUGGCGUUGCUUCGACACUUGGCUAUCCAUGCACAAUCCUGGUGUAUGGCAAACUUUGGUGAGGAUAUCCGAAACUUGACCAUCCGCCAACAAUUCCUGCGUGGUCAAAAAGAAGAGUUUACUAAGCAAGAUGUGAACCCUGCCAUUACAUUAGGUGACAGUGCUGCCCUGAAAAGGUUGCUGUUCGAAUCGCAUACACUCGUGAUGGCAUCUUUGAAGGAACAGGUCAUUGCUCCGGACUCAGCUGUCGAAAGAGGCUUUACGAGGAAGCGCCGUGGUAUAGGCCUUGUCAGCUUCGCUGAAGACUGCUCAAACAUGCUGACGAAGUUGAACUUCAAGAUGGACAAGCUUGUCAACAUUGCUGAACCCUUUGCUUCCACUAGCUCCAGCCUUUACGAUGGCAUGCCGUUUGGCUUGCUGUGUUUUGGAAUUUUCUCUACUUGGGAUGCCGGGCUCCGGCGUUUGUGCGAAGCUAUGAAGGAAUGCGAUUUUCUUUUGGCAGGUCCACGAGGUUUGAUACCUGCCAGGUCAAGCGACUGGGACCCUGCAUCGGAUGCAGAAACUGAGGUGUCUGAUGAUGAGGUGUGUUCCUGUUGUGGGUUGCCCCUUGGUUCUUUGUUGGUGGAGCUUCAAGUGUGCUCCUUGGGACUGUGUGUCCCUGUUUUGUCGGUGGGGCCGAGAGUGUCCCUGUUGGUGGAGCCUCAGGUGGGGUCGAGGGUAUCCCUGUUGUUGGAAUUAUGGUGCAUGAAGUGGUUCGGUGUGGUUGCAAUUUUUUCCAAACCUGAACUUUUCCGCAUUUCAUUCUGGUGUUGGGGUUGGACGGUCAGCAAACGCCUGAGCUGGAGAAACAUUUGCUUUGUCGCAGCUUUAUGCGCCAAAGUCAAGCUAGCAGAGAAAGUCUGUGCUGCGUUGGAGCCUUUGGGUUUCAAGAGCCCUGCUGAGUUCUAUUGGGCACUCAAAGAUGGGGCGGAUGAUACCAUUGAAGCAAUUCUCGAUGCGGCUGGAAUUGAUCUUUCAUCGGCCCCCUCGAAACUUCAGUGUGUAGAAGCUGGACGAUUGCGUCGUCUGUUGUCAGAAUGCAAGCUUGUGUGCGAAGCCCCGCAGCCUGGCCCACCAACGCCAGCUGAAAAGAUGGCCCCUUCACUUCUUGGCAUGGAUGUAGGGCCUCGGUUGUCCGGUGAUGUGUUACAACAGCUUUGGUCUGAAUUUGCAAAGAAAUACCCGGCAGAGGUAGUAGAGGGCGAUGCUCGCCCCGGGAAAGCAUUGGUGCAAAUGGUUUAUGCGCAAAAAUGUCAACAAGAGUUGAAAUACAUUCCUUGGAAAAGGAUCUUGAGUGAAGCCCAAGCAGACCGAGUCAAGCAAGGUUCUACCAAGCGAGAUCGUUCCUUUUUAGACCUUCUGGCGGAUGCGGCAGGGCACGCUGACCCACCCGAGCAAGAGCCAUCUCCUUCGCCGUUUGGGGUUCAACGCCUGUUGAUGUUGCGUGCGGUCUUGAUAGGAUGGUGUCAUUUAGGAGGAGCUCGUCGCCUAGUUCACGCUUUCAUGGAACUGUAUGGUGCUCAUGGCUUGCAUGCAGUGGGCCUGCGGGGUCCCUCCUUGGUUGAAGCUGAAGCGGCAGAUGGGGAGAUCUGUCGCCAAUUGAAUGCGCUGCUGGGCGCUGGCUUCAGCUUAGAUCAAGCCCUACAUGAACUAGUUGCCGUGCGAAAUUGUCUUCACAUUUGGUUGCAGCCGAGGCCAAAACUGCUGCCGCAAUCCGAUUUGUACAAUAAGAAAGGGAAGCGGCCGUUGCCACAACCUGCUGGGAAAUCUGCGAAGAUCAAAAACGCGCAUACUCCAGGGCUGGAGGAGCCCCAAGUGGCAGAGUUUGAUGCUUCCGCAGCCAUUUGGUCGUCAGGUGACAAUCCAUCUGUGUGUCAUCGGCAGCCGCCUGCAGAAGCAGAGGUGAUGACAAGGUCGGAGUUAGAUUACUGUGGGGUGCCCGUCCCAGACGGAGGGGGAAUCUGCUCUACGGCUGAUUGGUUCCAGCCGCGGGUCAAGGACGAUUUAUUUCGUGAUCUUCGCCGCAGGUUUGAAUCUUUGGCUAUGGAAUGGCGUCUAGUUCCCCGCCUGAUGGCGCACGUCUCUAACCCCACGGAUGCUGAGCUGCUUUCUGCUGAAGAAGUGUUACACUUGCGUGAAGAGAUUGUUGGUUUUUUGCGUAACCAUGGUUUUUCUUGCAACGGUGAUGUCGAACCCAAUCAGCCUUUUCUGCUUUCCGUUUGGCAAGCUUUGGCCAAGAUGACUGUUGAUGUUGAUCCACAUCUUCCCAACAUUCUUUCAGAAGGGGUUCCUACAGGCAUCGAAUCCCCGAUUUCACCUUCUGGUGUCUGGGAUGCAGUAGAUUUUGAUGGAAUGGCACCUGAGCCUGAGCUGGUUCCUUGUGAUCUUUUGGUUCACCUUGAGCCUUGGCGCUCGGCAGCUGAAGAUUUACCCCUGGCAAAACAGUUGCUUCAAAAGGAUAUUGACGCUGGUUGUCUCAUGCAUUUACGUGGAGGUGAAGCGGAAGCGAAGGAACGCUGGGGGGACAAGAUUGCUGCAGGUAAAUUGGGCUUGGUGAAAAUCCCGGGCAAGAAACCACGGUUGAUUGGCGAUGCCACGGUUUCUGGUGCAAAUUCGCGCUGCGUGAUUCUGGAAAAGAUUCGCUUGCCCACUUUGAGCUGCGUGCAAAGAGUGGAACAUGGCUUCGGCGCUGCUGAUGCAUUUGCUGUUGACACUGCAUUGCAUGGACCUGUGGACGAAGGUGCGGCAUGGAUUGGCCAACAGGUUGAUCGGGCUUUGCAGGAGGCGCAUUUUGUCAACAGUCGGAACCUCACUCAGUCACUGCCGUGGGAAUCCGGUGUUUUUGCAACAAUUUUUGGAAGCAAUGAAGAUUUUCUGGCAUCCAAUUUGGCUUCAUGUCCUUUGCCUCCUGACCUCGAGGAUGCACAACCAACUGAGUCAAGUGUUGAUGCUUUGACAGGUGUCUCAAGUAAGAUUCUGAAGCGUGACCGCACUGACUGCAUUUUUUCACAGGUUGUCAAGUUGAAACGUGAUGUGGAUCAUCUCACAGCCAUAGAUGAGUCAUGGGCGAAAGCACUGAAAAAAUGGCACACUGUUUUGGCGUGUGCUUGCUAUACAGGUUUAGUUGGUGCGGCAGUCAGGGAUGCAGUGAGCGAUGGAAAGGACUAUGGAAGUAUCCUCAGGGAUGUGUUUGGCAACAAAUCGCCGCGCACUGCAAACAAACGGGCAUCAACCAUGUUAGCACUCUUUGCAUGGUUGGACAAGAAGAAUCUCAGUGUGUGGCCAGUCAGAUCUGAUUAUGUUGCAGCUUACUUGAAUGAAUCAAACGUGGGUGGCGCUGGCAGCAACAAGGGCAAAACACUGAUGGAAGCCUUCCGUUUUUGCAAGCAUGUCAUGAGGCUGCCAGAUCUGGAUGAGAUCAUUGAUGAUCCUGUGCUGUCAGGUAGAGUGAGGCGCAUGGAUGCCGCAAGGGACACAAUCAAGCAGAGCCGACCGCUGACUCUUGCUGAGGUUAAAUUCAUAGAGGAGUUCAUGAUGUCUGACAUGAACGUUUUCGACAGGUACAUUGCUGGUUGUGUCCUUUUUGCAAUUUACAGCCGGUCAAGAUGGUCGGAUUUGGCAUUCCUAAGUGACCUGGCUUUGGAUACGACAGAAACAGAGCUGGGCCGAAUUUGUUUUGUGGAAGGCUCAACAAGAUUUCAGAAGACUGGCUCCACGGCCUUGAAGCGGGCGAUGCAGAUGCCGCUGGUGGCACCUAUUUGUGGGGUGACAGACAAACUCUGGGCAGUUGAGUGGUUUCACAUUUUGGAUCAGGUUCAGUUUGACCUAGCGGCAGAACCAGUGGGAGCUAUGUGCAGACCUCCCAUGAAUGGCACAUUGGGCACUCGACAUUUGUCGUCUGAAGAGAUUGGCGAUUUCCUCAACCAUAUGUUGGGGCUGCAUGGUGAGAAUGUGGUUACAAGCCACUGCAUGAAGGCCACAACGCUCACUUGGCGCAAGCCAGAUGAUGCAGCUUCUGCUUCAGAUGCUCCUCCAAGGACCCGCGUGAAGGUAGAGGCCCCCCCCAGUGCUUUUGGAUCUGAGGACCAACAUUGUAUUGACAAUGUUUGCGGUGUUGUGGAUCUUACAGAGCCCGAUUGGGACCUUUUUGGUGCACCUGGCAGUGAGGCAGAGGAUGAUCGGGCUGCGCAAGCUCAAGAGUCAUCAGAUGAAUCGAGCUCGACUUCAUCAAGCUCCUCUGCGUGUGAAGAACCGUUGCAACAGAAAUACGGUGCUGCUGGUGAGACCAAGGACUGUGAGGAGCCGGUGUACCAGCACAAAAAGAGCCGGGUCUUACACAGGCCCAACGAAGUGUCUGGCUUGAUGGCGUGUGGCAGGAAGGUUGGCAGUAGCUACAACUACUUGGAAAAUGGGGCAUCUUUCAAAUGGGCACGGUGUGCAAUCUGUUUCAAGGGCGAGGUCAUCACCAAGGUUCAGGACCUUGCCGAUGCAUUGGAAGCUGUUCAUGCCAAAAUGGCUAGCAACACCUUGCUUGAAUCGGUGGCGGCGUUUGAGUCGCAAGCUAAGCGUGCUGGCCUCAAUGAGCAGUGGAUUGAAGCGUUUGGCAGGAAUGAUCUCAACAAGUUAGGGCGUUUGGCAUAUGCAGUGACAACGCCUGGUGUUGUUUUGGUGCGUGGUGUGGCAGAGCAUUUACAGAAACUCCAUCAGUGGGGUUCUUUAGACCUUGCCAAGCGUGUGAAACUGGCACGGUCGGCUGCAGUGGCUACGAAUCAACAGCCAAAACGUAUGCCACAGCUUGCGAAUGUUACACAAAGUUUGGGUGAUGGCAUGACGGCAACAGAGGACAAAACUGACAAGGACUGCAACCAAUGUGCAGGGGUCCUGCAAGUGAAAUGUGACAAAGAGAUGGAAUCGGAUGAAGUUAUUUUUGGACGUUUUUGGUCACCUGAGUUUUUCUUGGAACAAGUAGCACAUGCGGGACACCCUCAACACCUCAUGUCAGGGAUUUCGGAUGUUAUGCAGGUUGCGGUUGAUGCCAACGUACACUGGUCUUAUCAUGAUAUUGUCAUUCACAGAUGCAAAUGGUUUGGCAAGUACCUGCCAAUGGCUGCAGCUUUGAAAGAAGAAGAAGCCGCCAUCUUACAAGACAUGCCUGGCCCCAUGAGGAGCAUCAUGUCUGCAAAGCGCAUUGCUUUAUUGGAGCGUAUCCUGCAGGACGAGGAGUAUCCUGACGUUGGCCUGGUGCAAGAUCUCAAGCGUGGCUUUGACUUGGUGGGUGAGCUGCCGACUGCUGGCGGGAUGCUGCCAGCGAAACUUGUUCCUGCUACGAUGGCGGUGGGUGAGCUUGCCCCUAACGCUGGCAGGGCUCGUGUUGCCAUGAGGACUGCUAGCGCGUCUUGCGGUGAUCCAAAUUUGGAUGAGAUGCUUUACCAAAAAACCCUUGAUGAGGUCGAGAGGGGCUGGCUUCUUGGCCCCCUACCCUGGGAUUCGCUGGAGCCAAAUGCAGUUGUCUCAAGGCGCUUUGCCUUGCAGCAGGGUGAGAAGCUUCGUCCUAUAGAUGAUUACAGUAUGAGCUCAGUUAAUGCAACAGUUACGGUCAAGGACCAGGCUACAGCUGACAACGUGGAUGUAAUUUGUGCUAUGAUGUUGCAGCUUAUGACUGGGCUGAGCAGUGUUGGACGGAGCACGGAGUUGAAAGCUCGCUCCUUUGACUUAGCAGCAGCCUAUCGGCAGUUAUGUGUGGCUCCGACCUCAAGGGCAUUUUCAUACAUAUGUGUCUACAAUCCGCGCAAGCGGGCCAAUGAGGUCUUCUCGCAAGUUUGCUUGCCAUUUGGGUCAAAGGCAGCGGUGAAUGCUUUCAUACGAUGCUCCAGAUGCAUACAGUGGCUUGCUUGUAAGUGUUUGCUUCUACCUACAACAUGUUACUAUGACGAUUUUGUGGUCAUUGCCACCCCUCAACUACAGAGCAGCAGUGAGUCGGCCAUGAGCUUGCUUUUCGAGAUGUUGGGGUGGGCAUAUGAUAAAGAAGGGCCGAAGGCUGACACUUUUUCUGAAGUGGUGGCGUCUUUGGGUGUCUCAAUUUCCCUGGCCGAGACCAUUGCUGGGGAGAUCAAAGUUAUGAACACCGAGAAGCGCAAAAAAGACUUGGUUGAGCUAAUCACCAGUGUUGUGAACCUGGGCACCCUGCAGUACAAGGAUGCUGCAUCUCAUGAGGUGACGUUUUGGUCAGAACAUGAUGCCAUGAGCUCAAUUGCACCUGUUGACCUGUUUGGUUCAAAGUCGGUAUCUCCAGUGACCUUUUCCUCUAGGGUGAUGUGCUCAGACAUGCCAGUGGUGCGGACCCCAUUGUCGACCCAGCUACAACAGGGACCUGUGCCAUCAAUGCAACAGGCAUGGUCAGAGGCUAAGCUUGCGCUCAACCAACAGUGGCUUGACAUUUUACAAGAAAUGGGACGUGCUAGUGGUUUGGUGCAAUCAACUGCCAUCUCCAACCAUGUGGAUGAACACAGACUUCGUGUGCUAUCCAAGUUUGCUCCAACCACUCUGCAAUCUUAUUUUCGCAUUUGGAAACGGUGGCAUGAUUUUGCACGACAGUUGACAGUGUGCCCAUUUCAGCCGAAUGCCGCGAUCCUGGCAGAUUUCUUGGCAGAGCAUGCACAUGGACCUUUAGGUGUUGCCACUGCAUACCAUAAGGGAUUGACAUGGAUGGCCAGAUAUGCACAACUGGAUGACUUGUUUCAGGCCCUGCAGCAAUCCGUGUGCAAGGCCUAUCUGCACUCGGCCAUCAUCAGGGAGAAGCGUGAGUCGGCUCCUCUUCCAUUGUCGUUUGUGGUUUUUCUUGAAAAGAUGGUACUUGCCAAAACCACCUCUGCAUGCGAUGUGUUACAGCUGGGGUCCUUGCUCUUCUUGAUUUGGAGCAGCUUGCGUUGGUCGGAUGCCUUGUGGGUGGACCCCCAGACGCUUACGAUACAACAGCAUGCCAUGUUUGCUUUGGCGUCCCACACCAAGACGACAAACAGGGGUAUGCCUAUUGCAUGUUUUGCUUUUGGACUUCUGGGACGUCAUGGUCAGGUGGCAUGGGCACAGGUGUGGCUCAAUGUGGUUCAACAGGCAUUGCAUGACACCCAGCAGCGCUUCCCCACAUUCAAAGUGGACUUCCUGCUGAGAGAAGUGGGCCCAGACCUGAUGAAACCAGUUUUCCUUCGCCCAAUGCCACGUGACAGAGGUUUGCAGUUACUGCGCUAUUGGCUGUGCAAGUGCCAUGAAGCUCACCAGGUACCUGCCCAGCCCUCUGAUUUUCACCUUUUGGGAACACAUUCCUGUAAAACGACAUUGCUUUGCUGGGCCCAACAACUGCAAUUGCCCUGGGAGCAAAGACAACUCCAGGGCCACCACAGGAGUUCGAUUCAUGGCUCUGUUUCAUUGUAUAGUAGGGAUGACACCCUACCAGCGCUUGUACUUCAGGGCACCAUUGCCCAACGAAUUGCAGAAGGCUUCAGGCCACUUAGGCCGAUGUUGCAUGGAGGUGCUCCUUCACUUCCCGAUUUUGCGAUUUCUUUGCCUCCCUGGCAGCCUUUACCUUUUCAAGUGGUACCUCAGCCAGCUGUGACUGACCAGAUGCCAGAGCGUGCCAAGGAACCUGAUGAUCCACAGGCACCAUCUGAUGCGGAGGACUCUGAAGCAUCCGAAGAGUCAGCCAUGGAAGACGAGGUUCCUCUCAAAAUUGCUGAGAAACUUGCUGAGGCCCCAGAAGAAAUGGUGUUCUUGGUGAACCCGAUUACGAAGGUUGCCCAUCUGGCGAUCCAAUGUGACAGCUUGGACCGGGCACGGUGCUAUGAAGACACCACUUUGCAGGCGGUCGCCUUGAUGAUGGUCUGGCUGGCCCCGAGAGGGGAUGGAGCUUUGAUUCGCUGCGAGAAUGCGAAAGAAGCGCUGAAUCGUGCAUGUCAGCUCCUCUCAGUCCAUGGUUCGUGGUCCUGGAUGCCAAAGAUGGCAUGGGUGCUGGCUCGAACGAUUGUGGGGCUUCAGUCAGAAGUAGCCCAACUCGAAAGCAUUUGCUAUCGCUCAUGGGACUAUAGACAACCAUCACGGGCUGUGUUGGACAGCAUUGCUGGCCUGUCUCCAGACACGGCGGCUCUAUGGCAGUCGGAGCUGCAUGCCGCAGCUAUGCUUUUCGAUGACUUUGCCGCAGAGCUUGCUCGGAGUGGGAACCUCGAGGUCUGGGGCACCAUCCGCCAUGCCGCUGAUGGCACACGUGAUUUGCAUGACCUUGUGGGCGUGCACAUUACAAGGGUGUCGCAGCUGAAGGACCCAUAG